UCUUUCGUUGCUUAUUUUUUUUCUUUCUUUUGUUUCCUCGUAAAACCCAUGUCCUCUUUGCUUUAAUCCUCAAGCGAAAAAUGCCUUCUUUUGCUUUUGGAUCUCAUCACCAUUUGGCGAAUCCAAGCGACUCGCCGUACUCCGUCGAAAUUAGCAUCGACGGCGAAUCAUCCGACUUGGAUUCCUUGUCGGAGGUCGAUUUAGAGAGCGGCGGUGUGACGGUGCCGGCGAAGACACUACAUUCUUGUGGUAAGAAGAAGAGGACGAGGAGGAGAAAGAGGAAGAAGAAGAAGAAGAAGAAGAAAGAAGGUAGAGAUUGCAGGAUCUGUCAUCUGCCUUUAGAGACUAACAAAGAAGAUGAAGAAGAAGAUGAUUCUGAUGAACACCAAGAAGAAGAUGAAGAAGAUGAAGCAAGAGAAGAUGAUGAAGAAGAGUAUUAUGGUUUGCCUUUGCAAUUGGGUUGCUCUUGUAAAGGUGAUUUGGGUGUAGCUCACAGUAAGUGUGCUGAAACUUGGUUCAAGAUCAAAGGAAACAUGACAUGUGAGAUAUGCGGCGCAAUGGCCCUGAAUGUGGCUGGCGAACAGUCUAACCCAGAGAGCACGGUCUCUGCCCAUUCACAAGCAGUUGCAGGACAAGCUCAGAUUCAGACAGAGCCACAAGGAUGCUGGCAUGGUCGCCGAGUCAUGAACUUCUUGCUUGCCGCCAUGGUCUUCGCCUUCAUCGUUUCCUGGCUCUUUCACUUCAAAGUCCUCAAGUGAAGCGAUUUCCAUCUUUCUCUCUCUCUCUCUCUCUCUGGCCUGCCACGCACGCGCUCGCUCUUCUCCUGUUCAUGAGCCGCUUGCAAUCGCUGAAUCAAAAUCCCUCCUGUUGCUUGAUUAUUCACACGUUUUGUAGCUGUAAAAACUCGGUAGCUUUUAGAUUGUUGUGACUUGUGAGCUUUACAUCUUGUAUAAUACUCAUCUCUA